GCCCCGGUCCCUGCCCGUGCCGGCGGCCGAGGGGCCCCGCAGCCCAGCGGCGCCCGAGGAACCCGCCGCCCCGGCCCGCCCCGCGGGCGAUGGAGCCGCCGGCGGCCGCCGCUCGCCAGGUAGAAACAGAUGACCAAAUAGCCCUCCUUAGUAAGCCCAGGAAAAAAGGAGGAAACAGUGAUCUGGCAUCAGCUGCAUUUAACAUUGUCAAUUCAAUCAUAGGAUCAGGCAUUAUAGGAUUGCCAUAUUCAAUGAAGGAAGCUGGUUUUCCUCUAGGAGUGCUACUUUUAUUUGUGGUUGCCUACAUCACAGAUUAUUCCAUUAUAUUAUUGAUCAAAGGAGGAAACCUGUCCAGUACCAACACAUAUCAAGAGCUGGUCAGAAAAACCUAUGGUCGUGCAGGUUAUAUAAUUCUUUCAACUCUUCAGUUUUUAUAUCCAUUUAUUGCUAUGAUCAGUUACAACAUAAUUACAGGAGACACUUUAACCAAAGUUUUUCAGAGAAUUCCUGGAGUUGGGCUGGAUAACGUGCUUACUGACCGUCACUUCAUAAUUCUUCUUACCACCAUCAUCUUUACCUUACCCUUAUCUUUAUAUCAAGACAUAGCAAAAUUGGGAAAGAUAUCUCUUAUUUCUCUGAUUUUAACCAUUGUCAUCCUGAUAAUUGUGAUGGUGAGAACGGUAACCUUCAGUCCACAAGUACCCAAAUCAGAAAAUGCAUGGACAUUUGCAAGAUCAAAUGCAGUACAAGCCAUUGGGGUGAUGUCAUUUGCAUUCAUCUGCAACCAUAACAGCUUCUUAAUAUAUGGGUCUCUGGAAGAACCCACAUUAAAGAACUGGUCUCAAGUCACACAUGUGUCUGUCUCACUGGCUGUUGUAAUCAGUGUCUUGUUUGCUGCAUGCGGAUAUAUGACUUUUACAGGAUACACAGAAGGAGAUAUAUUUGAAAACUACUGUAGAGAUGACAACCUUGCUACAUUUGGAAGGUUUUGUUAUGGAAUUACUGUAAUUCUGACCUUCCCCCUUGAAUGUUUUGUGACCAGAGAGGUGAUUGCCAAUGUGUUUUUCCAUGGGAACCUCUCAACAGUUUUCCAUAUUGUUGUGACAGUAGUUAUCGUUGCUGUAGCGACUGGUGUAUCGUUAGUGUAUGAUUGCCUUGGAAUAGUUUUAGAGCUGAAUGGAGUUCUGAGUGCUACCCCACUUGUUUUUAUCAUCCCAUCAGCAUGUUACCUGAAGCUGUCCAAGGAGCGAUGGAACCAUUCUGAUAACCUCAUAUCCGGCCUGAUUCUUGCUCUUGGUGUGCUAGUGAUGGCAGUUGGGUUUGUUAUGACUGUCUUGCACCCCCAGGAGUGUAGCCAUGGAAAAGAAAUGUUCUACUGCUUCCCUAGUAAUGUUUCUGUUCACAACAGUACACUGCCACCAUAGGUAGCACACCAGUCUCCAGACUGGAUCAGGUACAUCUCGCGGUGAGCCACACAUGCCAGUUUAAAGGAGGGUGGAACAAAGAGCUUUGAUAGUUUGAUAUGCACUAAGAAUUUUAAACUAUAUAACUGUAUUUAUGUACUUGAUUUUAUGCUGCCAUCCUUUCCCAGGUAAGACUUGAGUUUUAACUAUGGAAACACAAAUUCUCAGAGGUGCCUUUCAGUAGACAUUACUUGAAUAACUUGCAAGCCUAAGAAAAAGGUUGCAUUUUUUUAACUUGGUCUGCAAUGCUGUUUAAAAGCUAGAAAUUAAAUGUUCUGGAAUGUAAACAACUCCCAUGUUUCAUUGAUUUAAUUUAAUUUUUAUUAAUUUUAUAAUCUUUUCAUGUAUAUUUAUUAGCACACUAUAGUAUAGGACUUUUUGAAGUCCUGGGGAAAAAUAUGUCUGGAUCUCUGUGUAUUAAAAUUCUGCUGUUAAACUGAAAGACCCUUAUUAAUUCUGUCUUUGAUUUUGCAAUAACUGCCCUUAAGUGCUGAAAGCUUUCCUUAUAGUGGCUCUUAAGUCAAGGACAAUUUUGUAUUCUGACUGAACUGUAACUGACACAAUUUAAUUGUGACUGCUACAAUUUGUGGUCUUCUAAUUAAAAGAUAUUGCAUAAAUAAAUCCACGGAGGUGAAUUGAAAAAGAUUGUACUAGGCUAUCAUUGUAAAAAUUUAAAGAUUGACAGAGAAAAAAUUACAUGCGUAACAAACACAGUUUGAUUCUUACAUUUAUAACCCCAUUUAUUAUUUCUGAAACUGAAAUGAAAAUGUUGUACGUCAGGCAUGUGCAGCUUGAGCGAAUGCUGUGAGAAGACAUUCUAAACUUGAUUAUCAUUCUACUCCUCUGAUUCUUUUCAGUAUAUGACUGUUCAUUUUGUCAUGGUUUGUCAAAUUUUGGUGAAUUAUGUUUUCCAAAAUUCAUGUAACAUCAAGGAUUCAUAUAUAUAUAUGUAUGUGUAUAUUUAUGUAUGUAUAUACACAUAUAUAUUUAUAAAUAGACUUACAUAUGCCUUUAGAAUAUGAAUAAUUUGAAAUUGAGUAAUACAAGUAUCCUCAGUCAUAUCAGUGCUGGGAUUCUGCAAAUGUCUUGUUAUCAAAUCAAACUGUAUACUUUGAGUUAAUUUUUGCAUUAUUGUGGUCAUUGUGGUUCCUCUUGCCAACUAGAUAUAAAAGGCUGUUUCAUUUUUUUGCUGCUUAAUGGAGAUUGAUUUUGUCUUCAUUUCAUAGUGCAUGACAAAGGUAUUUCAUUCAAGACUUCUACCUAAGUAGAUCUUUAAGCAAGAGUCAGUAGAUGGCGAUAAUACUUUUAAGAAUAAUACCCUUUUUAAAAGUAGUGUUUCCAAAAUGAAUGUUUUAAGUAAUAGUGGGUUUUUUUUAGGGUGAUGGGGGUUUUUUGUUUUGUUUGGUUUAUUUGUUUUGUUUGGGGUUUUUUUAAGUUGUAAAGCAAUUAGAGAGAACUGUGAGUGUUACUCUGCUUUAAUUUCCUUAUGUAGAGUCAGGUUUGACGGUGAUAAUUUUUCUGUUGUCCACAUACCUGAUACAGUUGACAGUAUAUUUUUCACCAGUUUUGGUAAAGCAGUAGCUGAUUUUGUCUUAGCUGUGGAUGAGAUUCACUUGCUUCUAUGCCAAAUGGAGUUAAACCUAAAUAAUGUUUCCUUGUGACAGCUCAUUGAUGAAUCAAAAAUCUCUCAUGAGCUUAAUUUUCUUUUUUUUUCUGAUUUUUUUCACUGUUGAAGUGUGUUACCUUGUUUCAAGUAUCCAUUAUAAGUUGUCUUUGCUUUAGAGUGUCAGUGAAAUAAUUUAUAACGUGUUGUAGUAUUGCCUGUUCAAUUUAAACACUCUGCUGAGGCUGUGUUGAUAUUAAAUCGUGUUUGCAUGUCCUUUAUGAAGGAUUAGUCUUUCUGUUCUUUUCUACUUUACAAAUGCAAAUUUAAAGAAAAUUUGUUUAAUUAUUCUUUCUAAUUUGUAAAGUGUAAAGUCUGAGAUAAUACUGGUCAGUUAAAUGUUUUCAUUGCUGAUAAAGCUUCUUGUGCUCUUAGAAGAUUAUUUUGCCAAAAAUAAUUGCAUUCCUGUAAUCAUAUGCUCAGUGGUUUUUGUUCAUGAAUUUUCCAGGUGAUGAUAGGGCUCUCCCAGCCAACAAAGGGAAGUCAGGUGUCAUGGAUACCAUAAAGUUAACUGCUAUUUGGGUAAUGGAUUUAUAAAAGCCAUGGUCACUUCCUUUCCAGUAUUGCAUAGUGCAGCUUCAUUGAAAUGACAAAUAACAGCACCCUGCUAUAUACUUUCUUAAGGUCUAGGAGGUCUGAAUACAGAAAGAAGCACCUUUUUAUUUAAUAAGGAAAACUGUGAUAGCCAGUGUUUUUUUGAAACCCCGAAAAUAAAUUUGUAGAUAUUACUAAAGCAAUGCAUUUAGUAUUUAAGCAUAUAAAAAGAAAGUUGUUAUAAAUAUGACAGUAAGUCAGUCUUGAUGAUAUAGAAAAGAAAGAUACAUAAACUUAACAGGAGACAUUAUGGCAGAGUAUAAUCAAAAUAAAUAAUUACUGGUGAAUAUACUUAAAUUAGGCUAAAGUGUCUUUCUGUGACUAAAAAAAAUAUAAGGCAAAAGCAGCACUUUACAGCCUGAUAGUUUUAGUGUAGCUCAAUGAGAAUGAAUGAAACCUGGUUACCCCUAUAUUAUACUGUUGGACUUCGCAGUGAUUUGCAGUGAAGAGUCUGCUUUAGGUUUGUAGUUGUAAAGGUUUGGUUGGAAAGCUGGAGGUAUGUAGAACUGCUUAGUUACUGAACAAACCACAACCCCUGGCUCUUUAUAUUUCAGUACAAUAAAGUUUUCUUUUUCAUCUCAGUAAUUUUCAGAUUUUUAUCUUGUUUGGUCUGGUUAACAUUGCAGA